AUAAUAUACAGAUAAGCUAUUCAUAGAAAUCACAAACUGUUGAACAUUAAAAGGCUAUGAUGCAGGAUGGGUAACGUUAUUACACCAUAUGGGUGAAUGUGGAAAAACUAUGAAAGCAACCUGAAAUGAUUUUCAUUGUGCUGUGAGGGGUGACACCAUGUGGUUAUUAUCUGCUACUACAAGUGACCACAAUAUGAUCCAGUGGUCACUUACCAUAUGUUUGCAAUCAAAGACACAAGAUUUUGUAUCUUCAUUUUCAGUUUUUUUUUAUUUGGUCUGGAGAAGCACACACAACUUUGAAAACAGCUCUCCAAAGGCUCUUUCAACAGAAACAUCUGUCUGCCAUGAUCCAUGGUCAUAGGAUGAAGUGACUUCUGCAGUGGACUGAACACAUGCUAACCUACCUGUAAACUCAUUGCAUUCCCAAAUCGAUAUUUCUCUCCCUUAUGAAAAUUGAGUUUGGAGUUCCAGCUGGCAGGCAGGAUGUAGAUGUGAUUAUCAGUAGCAACAAGGCCAUGUAGAGGUUGGGUAUAACCCUGUUACAUCCUCCCUGCCUUCUAGCCUGGCCUCCCAUCCCUGCCUGCCUCCCCUCUCUGCCCUGGGCCCCCUUCUGCUUUAUUGGACCACAAUCAAUAUGGAGACCUGGUGAUGAAGUACAUCAUUAGUCUGGGGCCUGGGCUACGGUCUACAUCUCACCAUCCUACUGCUAUGCCAAAGAGCACUUCUCCUGCUUUAACUUGACACUACUUAUACUCUCUGUUAAUAAGGAGGAUGUGGUUGAGAUCUCAUUAUGUUGUACAAUCAUUCAAAAAACAGUUGGGUGUACAAGAGGAGGAAAUGCACAAUUAUGAGUUAUAGAUAUCUAUGGCCUGUGGUAUCUAUGAUAGAGAGUGAUACAUUUUAAAGAGGAUUUUUGGGGAGCAUUUCAAUCCCACAUUUGGGCAGAUGAGGAAUCUCUGGAUGUUGUUUCUGUGGCUGUAUGUUGUAGUCAGUAAACUGUAAUCAGGUUGUCACUGAAUCGUAACUGGAUGUUAGCCAGGAAGCACAGUCACAUAAUGUAGUAUUCCAUCCCUUCUGAUAACAUUCCCCCUGAUGAUUGAUUGAAUUAAAGCUCACUCAGGGCUCAUUUCAGUGAACUAGUUAUCUGAGGGGGAGAUCUGUAACAGACACAGUACUAAUGACAAUGACUAGGUUGUGUGUGGGGCUGAGGGGAUGAGUGCAUUUAUAGAACAGCGAUGGUUCCAUGACCACACUUGUGUGAUGAGCAUCCUUGUCUGAGACCUGAAGAGUUGCAUUGCAUGCAGGUAUACAUGCAUCCGUUCUGUCCCUGUCGGUCACACGUAAGAAUUGUCCCAGUGUUUUUUAGUCAGUAUGAUAUCAUUUAGCAUAUUUUCAUUUGAGAGGAAAGCAAGUUGAGAUCAUUGAAUCCGUGCACCUGUUGUUCUUUUGAGUUACACACGGUCAAUGUUAAAUAAUACAUAUCAUCCUCCAGGUCUGUGGUGCAAACAUAUCCUGUAGCUGCGACAGUCCUACAAAUACAGGAAAUGACGUCAUUCGUAUUCACUUUUCUUAGUUGACAUGUCUCAACUAAAAUAAUCCCUGUCUAGUUUCAGGUCCAUACCACAAAUACACAAGGUAGAAAGAACAAGUUUUUCAACAAGAUUUGAACACAAUGAUCAUGUUCAUCCUCAUCCUGUGUGCCUUGUCAAGAGAGGCCAUGGUCCAAACCACAGGCAGGUCAAAGUCCAUUAAUUAUUGAAGAUGAUUGAAUUCUCUUUUAGAUAAUUACAAUAUGAUACUCCACACAUAAACGGUUUACAUGUUGCAGAUAUUUUAUGAGCCAAAUACUUUUUAUUUUCUGAAAUAUUAGCCAAGAAGAUUUUUCCAGCAAAGAUCUAUUGGACUUCUACAGGAACGAUAAUGGAGGGAAGUGACCUUGUGGUAAAAUGUAGUACACAUGGGCGCAAGGAAGACAAAGUGGCAUAUGUUUACUUGUGCAUUAACGGAGUUGCAGUGGAUCAGAAGAGAACUAUACAAGAAGACACCCUUUUCACCAUGAAAAGUGUUACUGGCCAACAGAGUGGCAAUUACAGCUGUGUGUUCUCUAAAACCCAGUAUCCACUCUCUGAAGUGCAGGGAAAAGGAGAUAAUUCCCUUUCCAUCCAGGUGAUGGACCGUAUACUCCCUGCAGACAUAUCACUUGCAGGCUCAAGAACUGUGAGAAAGGGAGAUGGUGUGGAGUUUAAGUGUACAAUCUCAGACCCAAGUUUUCAAACAAAAAAUACCAGUGACUUAGUUCACGCUUACCUCUGCAAGUAUGGCUCUGUUGUUCAGAUCCAGGUGUUUGACGUAGAGAGCACGGAGGUAACUUUUACGAUUAAAAGUUUUAAUAAGAACGACGCAGGUAACUACAGUUGUGUGAUUGAUCUGCAAUCAAAAACCCUCAAAGAUAAAGACAGAACAUUAUAUGGAAAUAAUGUAGUAUUUCUACAGGUUAAUGUGUCCUGGAGUCACUUAAUCCCACUCGUGUUCUGCGUCUGUUUUCUUCUGAUCUCAUCACUGAUAGUGGGCAUAUGGUGGCUGUUCAUUAAACAAGGAGCUUUACAAUGUUAUUGUGGAAGAACACCACAACAGGAGGAGAAUGAUGUGCCAAUGACAGGGGAGGGUGACGACGGAACGUCAAGCGUGGAGGAAGAAUCCAGUGAUGAAUUUGCCUGUGACAGUGAGGCCAGUGGGGAGGAGUACCAGGAUCUGGGUAAGAAAUGUUUAGGUGUUGAGAUUGAGACAUACCAUGAGCUGGAGGAUACCACCUACCAAGAAAUUCUGGUUGAAACACGGAAAAUUAAACACGUUAUGGUGCGUGUUCAAGAUGCAGCAAAUCAAGGCCCAGAUGCAGAAGAUAUGUAUGCCAAGUCAUGCAAGAAGACUGGACGUCAUCAAUACAUGCCUUAAUCAUUAUUAGAUCUGCAUUAUUUCAAAGCAGUACUGCAUGUGUACUUCAUGGUUACAGUAUCUAUGAUGAUGUAUUUGAUGUAUUGUGUAUUCAAUGUGUGUCUUCCGUUGGACUACUCCCUGCAUGUUCAAGUUGACGAUGAUGCCAAAUUGUCUGGUGACCUGACAUUUGCGAUGCAUUCUAUUAAAUCUUCCGUGGAAGAUAUUUAAAAAACGGAGUCAUUUUAAAGUACCACAUUAAGUAUUAUUGCUGGAUAUACUGUUGUAUUCUCCCUCUUAUAAAAUAUGUUUUAAUGUUCUCGAA